UUAGAAAUUCGGAGAUGUUUAGUUGAUAACGUGUUACGGAAUGGUGCAGUGAAUGCUGGCUGCCAUAAUCUUUUGCCGACAGAAUGAAAUUAUGUACUGAAUAUGGAUCAUUCGCAACACAAUAAUGAAGAUACCACACUCUCAUCUUUUGCCUGGUCACAUGGUCCAUUUGUUUGUAGGAGCAGUAAUCUGCGUAUUCUAAAUGGCCACCUUGCACCCUUCAUUUUCUACAUGACAGACUAUUCACAGUGAUUCAGGAACGGUGGAUUAUAAUGAACUGAUCUAUAUUGGUGGUUAAGUGCUUAGUCGAAUGUAUCAUUAUUGUUAUUGCUCUUUAAACAUUAAAAAAAACAUAAUGCAAUUUCCUUUAGAGGAGAAGAUCACAAUAUAAAAAAGAGGUAGGAUGGUCAGUUCAAAAAGGUUGUAUACACAACAGAGAAAAAAAAAAAAAAAACAAUAAGCACCUCACGGCCGAAGCAAGAGAGAGGACUUGGCCCACAAUUUUUUAAAUAAAGCAGAAGGGCCUGGCUGCUUCUACGAUAGGCUCAGUGUUCACUAAACGUUGAAAUUGUUUGGGAUUUGGGCUUAAGGGUGAGGCCUGGUUAUAAAAGGAUUAAAAUCAUAUAGGGAAGGAGCAAAAGUGGAGGGAAAAUUGCAGCUUCCCGUUAAACUUGCAGAGCAGAAAUGCCGAGGAGACGCCUUACGCUUAGCUCUUUUUCAGACGAAGAAGAAGAACACGAACAUCAACAGAAUCCACAACAACAACGAGACCAUGAUAAUGAGCUUCAUUUAAAACAACACCUUCCAAACCCUAACCCUAACCUCCCCGCCGAACCUGUCACUAUUUCCGACGAUGACGAAGAAUUCAUCGACGUCUCCGAUUACCUCACGCCUCCCUCCCCACCCCCGGAGCAAUCAGUACCACACCCUCCUGUUCCUCCGGUAAGCAGCUACGGUUGUCCGAUUGAUGAUUUUCUGCUGAGGAUGGGACUGAAGUUAAGAAGAGAGUGGUUGGAUUCUUGUCUUGGUGGUCUUGAUAGCUCUGUUCGUGGCCUCGAUGUAGCAGCCAAGGCUAAGCUUUGCUUCCAGCAAUUUUUGUUUUCCGAUAUGAAUUACUCUGGUGGCGGUUUGCUUCCUCCUAAUGUUGAUUCUAUGCAUUGUGUCAAUCUCGCCGGACCCUUUGUGUUGCAGGUUGAUGAGAUUGUUAAUAUUAGUUCUCCACUCAAAGGCAGGUAUCGGGAUGCUCCUCCAGGGAUCAAGAGGUGCCUUAAGCUUUCAAUGACCGAUGGAGUUCAACGUGUUUUCGGUAUGGAAUAUAGGCCCAUUAAGGAUCUCCAAGUCUUAGCCCCCGCAGGAUUAAAGGUUGUUAUUUGCAAUGUACAUAUACGUCAUGGGCUUCUAAUGCUGGUCCCUGAAGCUUUAGAAGUUCUUGGAGGGAUAGUUGACGAGUUGGAAGCAGCACGCCAACGUCUAGUGGAAGAAGUAAAUAAGCCACCAAGGGGAAGAAGAUCCAGGAGUGGAGUGGUGCCUCCUUUAACAAGUAGAGCAACUCUGGCUGCAUGGCCAAGUAAUGGUGUUAGUUUUCCUGAAAAUACUAAUAGCCCCACUGAUGGUCUUGAUCGCAGUAAUGGCUCUGCUACUUUCGUUAGUCACGGCAAUGAUUCUGUUUGCAUUCAUGGACACAGCAAUAGUUCUGAUAAUGACCGUGGACCCAGCAAUAAUUCCGUUAAUGUGCACGGACACAGUAAUAGUUCUUCUAAUUUUCAUGGAAACAACAAUCGAUCUGUUAAUGUCCCUGGACAGAACAAUAGUUCUAAUGUUCUUGGACCAAUUAAUAGUUCCAUAUUCCAAGGUGCAGCUCCCUUACAGGUGGAGGACCAAGGUGCUGGAACCAGUCAAAGGACUCCAGAGGAGUUUGCUGCUCCAAGGAGCUCAGUGAACACGAUUCCUGAUCCAUUGUCCAGUGUUCUUCAUAAUGUUGAAGAGAUGCAUAUUGAUGCAUCUUUUGAGAGGGAAAAUGCUGUGUCAUACCAGCAUUCUAAUAUGAUAUCAAACCAUGAGGAUACCCGUAUGGCUGAUGAGUUUGAUCACCCUCUCAUACUAUCUGGAGAUCGAGAAAUCCCUUUUACAUAUUUGGCUAGUUUGUCAGCUAAGUGGGCUGCAAUGAAGGAAAAAAUAUCAUCUGUUCAAGGAAAGGUGAAGUGCUUUUUGACUGGUGUAAAGGGAUUUCAAUAUAAGCAAAGGACAACAUAUGAGCUUCGGGUCUAUGUUGAUGAUGGCAGCCUCAUUUCUGAGAUCCUAGUUGAUCACAAUGUGGUACAGAAGGGAAUAGGUCAUUCUCCUGAGGAGGUUACUGCUGCUCUUUCUUCUUCAGAUGCAAAGAGAGUUGGUAAUAUGAAAGACACACUGAAACAAUUCCAAAUAUUUUUAGUGAAUUUUGAGGGGAUAAUACGUAUAGAGAUGAAUCGAACCUCUUCCAUUCCAAUUGCCCUUGAGAUGAACCAGGGUUGCCCUGCUUCUGAUGCCUGGUUGCUUGUCAGAAGACUGAAGUCUUCUCCUGCUGUGACACCACAGCGCCCCUCCUCAGAUCCUAUUGACAUAUCACCAUAAUUCUCUCAUCACAGUUAAUGCUUGGUCUGUGAAGGACGGCCAUGAUGAAAUAUUUCGGCUCUUUCUGGUUAAAGGUUGAACGUUCUUCGAGCUUCGUUAUGUAGAUUUGGGGAUCAUAUUUAAGCUCAGAAACCAUAAUGACUUGGAAGUCAUAAGAGAGGAUAUACAGUUGUGCCUGGUCUUCAGCUUCUGGGCAUGAUUUUGAUCACCUAGUGGUUUGGCGCAAGCUCAAUGAUUAAGAUAAGCACGAGGAAUGCUAGUUAACUGUUCAAGUCAUGUGCAAGUGGCAGGGGGGAAGCUAAUGCAAAGCUAACGGAAUUGCUCAGGUCAUUUGCAAAUGGGAUGACACAUAUGCGAAGCUAAUUCAAAGCUAGCGGAAUUGCUCAGGUCAUUUGCAAAGCUAAUAACAGGGACGAGAAAAGCGGCAUUCUUUGGGUAAUACAAGUGAGAGUUGGAGAAGCCAUAGUCUCUUCGGCGGCAUUCUUUUAUUGUAGAGUUGUGCAAAACAACCUGAUGCAUCUCUCGCUUGCUUGCUGUAGAUUGUAAAUAUUACAAUUACAUAGCCACCUAUUUUUUACUCUGCAUGAUGUCGGAAAUUUCCAUUAUCCAUAUUUGGUGUUAGAAAUUCAGGAAAUUCUAUCAUCCGGUCCAUUCCUA